UGAGGAGAGCAUUGUCAAGCGCUGCAUCCCGGGCGGGCAAGCACGUGUGACAGCGCCCCUGCAAAGCGCCUGAGCGGCAUUACGGACGUCAAAAUGUCAAUCGCGCAAAAGCGAAAGUUAUACAGACCCAGCACAUCUUUUCAGGGGCUCCGUCAGCGUCGCUGAGUCACUGCAUUUUCCUCCUUAUUACCAGAAGUUGAAAGAUCACAGAAAAGACACGAUCUGCUCAGUUUGACAUUAGGAUCUACCAAGCAUCGCCGGUGGCUGACCGGUGUAUUUCACCUGAUCGGAUAUUUGCGCUUGGCUUUUUCAAAUCUUUUCCUCUUUUAAUUCAAGUAGUUAUUAAUCAUCAGCCUGUGGUAGCAUGUUGGACGACGCUGUAUUUUUAUCCUGUGUUCUACUGGGAUGAUGGAAGAGAUACAGGCUGAUCGAACUGGAUCGGGACAAGCGCUAAAUGCGACUUUGGUGCCUCCAACGACAGAAACUGAGGGGCUGACGCAAAACGGCGGUGCGCUUCCUCCAUCCAGCGCCCAGGCUUUUGUGGAUGUUGCCGCAUCGCCGGCUGUAGUGGCGGCUGCUGAGGCUUUGCACGCCGGCAGAAGGUGCAGGGAACAUGGGAGUCCCAGGACCGGCCACAGCAGCCGGGAGUGCUCCGGCGAGAGGAAUCUGGGAAGCGUCAGCGCACCGUGCGGGAUCAUGAAGGAUGGCUCCAAGCAAAAGCAGGUGCGUAAGAAGACCGUGUCCUUCAGCACUAUGCCCAACGAUCGCAAGAUCAACAGCACGGCAGCCUGCAUGGCCUUCAUGAUGGAGGGCUGCGAGAUGAAGAAGGUACGCUCCAACUCUCGCAUGUACAGCCGCUACUUUCUGCUGGAUCCGGACAUGCACUGGCUACGAUGGGAACCCUCCAAGAAGGACUCGGAGAAGGCAAAGCUGGAAAUCAAGAGCAUCAAGGAGGUGCGGCUGGGGAAGAAGACCCCAGUGCUCCGCAGCAAUGGCCUCUCUGACCAGUUCCCUGAGGAGUGUGCCUUCUCCAUUAUCUAUGGAGAAAAUUAUGAGUCCCUGGACCUGGUGGCCAGCACAGCAGACGUAGUCAACACCUGGGUGAUGGGUCUUCGCUACCUAGUCUCCUAUGGGAGGCACACAGUAGACAUUAUUGAACCCAGUCAGGCCAGCUUGAGGACCUCCUGGAUCAGCUCCUUGUUUGAAGCAGCUGACAUGGAAAAAAAGGGACACAUUGACCUCCCCAAAGCCACCCAAAUUAUCAGGGGCUUGAACCCUGGGAUGAAAGUAUCACAGAUACAGCUGAAGAUUAAGGAGCUCCAAAAGGUUAGAGAUCAGUAUGGGGAGGAGAUAACAAUUGACAUAUUCACAGAGGCCUACUGUGAAUUGUGUACCCGACCUGAGAUCUUUUUCCUCUUGGUUCAGUUCUCCAGCAACAAGGAAUACCUGGAUUGUAAGGACUUGAUGCUCUUUGUGGAGGUUGAGCAAGGGAUGGAAGGGGUGACAGAGGAGAUGUGCAUGGAGAUCAUACACAAAUAUGAGCCAUCUACAGAGGGUAAGGAGCGAGGGUACCUCUCCAUUGAUGGCUUCACGCACUACCUCCUCUCAUCUGAGUGCCAUAUAUUUGACCCUCAGCACAAAUUUGUCUGUCAGGACAUGACGCAGCCUCUCUCGCACUAUUACAUUAAUGCCUCACACAAUGCCUCCCUUCUUGAAGACCACUUCUGGGGUUCCUCAGACCUUAAUGGCUACAUCAGGGCACUUAAGAUGGGCUGCCGCAGCGUAGAGGUUGUGGUUUGGGAUGGCCCUGACAAUGAGCCUCACAUCUACGUGGGAAAUUCUGUUACCUCUCAGCUAGCCUUCUGCAAGGUCCUGGAUGUCAUCAACCAAUAUGCCUUUGAAAGCUCAGAAUACCCUCUGAUCCUCUGCCUGGUGACUCAUUGUAGCAUUCGCCAACAAAAGGUCAUGGCGCAGCACAUCAAGAAGAUUCUUGGCGACAAGCUAUACGUGAAUCCCCCUGACCCCAGAGAACAUUACCUGCCCAGUCCUGAGAAACUGAAAAGGAAGAUACUCCUUAAAGGAAAGCAGCUGCCUCCCAGUCACCCAGAUUCCGAAGGGGAUGUUACAGAUGAGGAUGAGGGAAUGGAAAUGAGCCGAAGACUUGGCACAGAUGAGAGGGACCAGCUUAAUGGAAUGAGCUGUAAAAAGCUGAGGCUGUGUAAGGAGCUGUCCAAUCUAGUCACUUUGUGCAAGUCAGUGCAAUUCAGAGAUUUUGAAGUCUCAAAGAGGUGUCAGAAAUAUUGGGAGAUGUGCUCUUUCAAUGAAGUUGAUGCUAACAGAUUUGCUAAUGAGUCCCCAGAGGACUUUGUGUGCUUCAACAAAAGGUUCCUCUCUCGGGUGUACCCAAGCCCCAUGAGAAUCGAUGCCAGUAACAUGAACCCACAGGACUUCUGGAAGUGUGGAUGUCAGAUUGUGGCCAUGAAUUAUCAGACACCUGGCCUGAUGAUGGACCUCAACUUGGGCUGGUUUCGCCAGAACGGAAAUUGUGGCUACGUGCUCCGGCCUGCGAUUAUGAGGGAGGAGGUGUCCUAUUUCAGUGCUAAUGCCAGAGACUCUCUUCCUGGGGUAUCUGCUCAGUUGCUGCACAUCAAACUGAUAAGUGGUCAGAAUCUACCCAAGCCUAAGGGAUCUGCUGCUAAAGGUGAUGUGGUGGAGCCCUAUGUCUACGUGGAAAUCCAUGGGAUCCCUGCGGACUGUGCUGAGCAAAGGACUAAAACCGUCUCCCAGAAUGGGGGCAACCCUGCUUUUGAGGAGAGCUUUGAAUUUCAGAUCAACCUACCGGAGUUAGCGGUGCUCCGCUUCGUGGUGCUGGACGACGACUACAUCGGGGAUGAGUUCAUCGGACAGUACACCAUUCCCUUUGAGUGCCUGCAGCCUGGAUACAGACACGUUCCACUACAGUCCCUGACUGGGGAGUUCCUUGUCAAUACCACACUCUUCGCGCACAUUGCCAUCACGAAUCGACGGGGUGGGGGCAAGGCCCACAAGAGGGGUUUGUCCGUGAGGAAAGGGCGGAAAGCAAGGGAGUAUACCUCUACCAAAACAACUGGAAUCAAAGCAGUGGACGAGGUCUUCAGGGCAUCCACGCAGCCACUGAGAGAAGCUACGGACCUGCGAGAAAACGUGCAGAAUGCCGUGGUGUCCUUCAAAGAGCUCUGUGGGCUGACACCGGCUGCCAACAUGAAGCAGUGCAUUCUGACGGUGUCCACCUGGCUAAUGAACAGUGAGCGCCCCCUGCAGGUAAUGGUGGACCUCGACGAGGCCUACCCUGCCAUGGAGGCCCACGGUCCCGUCCCAGAGCUGCUACGAAAGGUCCUCACUGCCUAUGACACGAUGAUCCAGACCAGCCGGAUGCUGAUUGAAUCUGCUGACGGUGUCUAUGGCAGACUCAUGCAGUCACAGCGGGCAGGCUUGGACUUCCAUGAAGAUCUUCACAAGACUGGGACAAGGGAAGGACUAAAGGGCCGGAAGCUGCAGAAAGCCAUGGAGAGUUACGCCUGGAACAUAACUGUGCUGAAGGGCCAGGCAGACCUCCUGAAGCUCGCCAAGGAGGAGGCUCUGGACACCUUGCGGCAGAUCCACUACGCCGCCCAGUCCUGCGGCCUCAGCAAGAACGGCGCCGCCCCCUCCCCGGAGAUGCACCAUGCCCCCGCCACACUGGAUUCCAUUCCCGAGAGCGAAAUGACCAGCGACACCGGCUCCUGCUGAAACCUGUCCCGACCCCGAAAGCGUCAAGGUGGACAUGCCAGGCACAAAGGAGGGAAUUAGGGGGGCAGCAUCUCAUUAAGGGAUGGCUGUCCUCUCACAACCUGAAUUAGAGCCUAAGUCCAAGGUGCCGGGCCCCCCCAUAAGCUCUCAGGCGCCCCACCUAGCUGCUCCUUCCAAAAUUUUUCCCCCAGUCAUGGCGCCUCUCAGACUGGGAGUCCAUCUGUGGCAUCGCAGAGUCAGUUUACACGAAUGAAAGAGUGUAAAUACAGUCAUUGCAGAGUCUGGAGAGGAAUGAAAACACUGCCUCUGCUGGCUAUUUCUCACAUUGAUUUUCUUUCUUGGUGCACUUUUGACACCAUAGCAGCACAUUUAGGUCUGUCCCACAGGACGGAUCUCAGAGGGCACCACAGUGCUGCUGCAUCCAUCGGUUAUUGUGCUCCAAUAGUGCACCAGUCUAACUGACCUUUUGGAAUUAACUGUCACGCGGGUCUUUAAUUUAUAGCAUAUGCAGUGACUUAUAGUUUCUCUCCAGUGUUCGUAGUGAUUUCUGGAAACAAUGUGGUGUUUUUCGGCUGUCAGAACAAAAAUCUAACAUUAGUACAGGAUACUGUAUCAUUCAUUUUAUUUACAGUUCUGAUUACCCUUUCCCCAAACUGCAUACCUGUCUAUUAUUAUUAUUAUUAUUAUUAUUAUUAUUAUUAUUAUUAUUAAUGGAAUAUUGUAUCUGUAAACGUCUCAGUUUUGCAACAAAUAUUUCCUUUAUCAUCAGUCCUGCAUUAUCUUCAACCUGUAGUAAAUUAACUGUGGCUUAA